AUGGCAAACCGUGGGAGGGCGGCGCCAGGGAGUAACAGUGAGGAGCUGCAAGUAUGGCAAGCGGUGCGCACACAAUUAAAAGUGCUUGAUAAUGCUCGCAACACAGCCUUGACUGGCUACGAGCGCUUGUCGCGCGCGCGGGCUGAGGGCACAAAGAGCCUUGAAGGCCUGUACAAUGUCGUGGAGAGUACGAUCUUGGACGAGCAACGGGCUAUUGAAGGCUCACUCGAGCAAUUGGACAUCUUGUUGGCGCUUCGGCAGGCGCCCGCGAAUGAAGUUGCGGACGGGCGCCGGCGGAAACGCCGUGCAGAAGAGAGUGCAGAAUCUGAGCCCGAUCCGGGUAUGUCGCAUAUGGAUACGAAGCAUAAGAGUACCACAGAGCUACGCAAGACGCGCGCAUCCGGCCCGCUGCCGAAACGCGGCGCGCUGGAAGAACUACAAAAAGGUCGAAAGGUUGCAUUUUGUCAACCGCAAAAUUCGUCCGUUGGCAUGGACGAAGGUGAGGUAUGGAUUAUGGCUACCAUAAUUGGGUGCAUUAACAACGACUAUAAUCGCUACGUUGUUCAAGACGCAGAAGAAGAAGGCACGCAUGGACCUACAUGGAAUACGACUACGAAAUCAAUUGUCCCGCUUCCAAACAGCAUUGAAUCAUUACCGCACGAGGACUACGCACAGGGAACUCGCGUGCUUGCGCUAUACCCCGACACAAGCUGCUUCUACAAUGCCACGGUCCGGGGUGGAGGACCCCAUCUACAAUGGCAAGCGACAAAAAUCAAGAAACGCGAGCAAGAUGCACUGACAGCGCCGUACCAGCUCAUGUUUGAUGACGAUGGUGCCGAUAUCAAGCACGUUCCUGCCUACCUAGUCCCUCACCGCUUCUCCAUGGAAUCCAAGCACACCUUUGUAUUGCCCGAGUUUCCAGUAAUUAGUAGUCGCGAACUAAUGAUGGAUACGGAAUCCGCUGCAUUGGCCUCGGCGGCUCCGUCGGGCCUGACGUGGCAGCAAGAAAUGAUGACCAAAUCGUUUCAUACGGCGCCCCGCCACCAAGAGAAACGUGCGGGACAGCCCAAACAACCUGCGACACAAAAGCAAAAUAUAAAAAAGUGCGACACUGUGGACUCCACACCAGUCGCAGCAAUGACGUGGCAGCAGCAGAUGCUGAGGCAAGGUGCUCGUCGCGGCCCGACGUUUGACCAUCCCGCAGAUGCGCGCGAUGCCCAGACGUUUGGCGGUGCAAACAAAAAGGCGGCUGCAGGCACGAUGGAGCGCCGCAAAGGCAAGAAUGGUGCUAAAAACAGCGCCAGUGACGGCAAGAACGGAGCCAAAGGCAAUGCCUAUGACGCUAAAAUGCCUGCUACACCACGCAAGGGUGCGAUGCCGGAUAUUGCGUACGCAGGCCCCACAUUCCACAAUUCGCCCUCUGCAGCGAGUCUGCCUGCCCCGCGUUUUUCAAGCAAGCCAACGAAGCUUGCGACAAAUGACGAAGCGGCGGAGGAUGCGAUGCUUGCCGAUACCCAAGCACAGACACCCAGCGAACCCGCGCCUGUCUCUAGCGCACAGGAGCCAGUUACAGAUGCGGCAAAUCUUGUGGCGCAGAAUCCAACCACUGAACCGAAGCUCCAGACCGUGGACAACUUACUUGCGAAUAUGAUGAACGCAUCCUUCCCGACGAGUUCAUUACUGUACCUUGAAGAGCCGGGGUCUGUUGCUCUGCUUCCAGCAGAAACGACGUCUCCGGCACCGCAUGUGCGGUGGGAUAUUCCAGGCCGGAGUGAGCGUCCUGGUAUCCACGUUUUGCCCACUGCAAAAUCCGUACAAGUCUUCCCGAAUACGCAACCGCACCCCCCAGCAUGGGCCAAUCGUAUUCCGGUACACGAUCUUGCACUGCAUGGCAUUUCGUUUUUGCAUCGAUACCAUCCCGGCAUAGAUAUCCCUUCGCGCUUGCUAGCCGAGUCGGUGUUGGAGGAUGCACAAUGGCAAAUUGCUCAAGAGGACCAUGGUGACAAUUUAACUAGGUGCACGACUACCAUGCUGCACUGCGAAGAUGUAUUGCUGGUGGUGUGCGCGGGCGGAAUACACCAUGAAGCACUCUAUAUUUCUACCUGGACGCCUGGCCAAGCGUCUCCUGAAUUUCACGCAUCGAGCAUACCGGCCUUUGAGGCAGAUGCGCCGAUUGUCAGCGUGCAAAGUAUACCCGGCGAGCUUAAGCUACUUAUCCGCACACUGGCUGAGACAUACAUUGGCAGUGUACGCAACGAAGCGCCGUAUAGUGUGCAUGUUGAUGCGAGCGUACGGACGGGUACGCAUGUGCCUGCGCAGGUUGCCGACGCCACAUACUCCCACGACAGUGUCAUUAUUGUCGAUACACACGGAACUGUGCAGCAGUGGGACGUCGAGGCACAGCGCCGGCACACUCUCGUCUCGAUGGACGUGGAGCAUGACGCGUUUUGGGCGUUGGCGGUGACGAGUCCGUAUACCUUGGCACUUGCCUCGUGCUAUGCCAUUAAUACCAUCGACCGUCGCACACCCGCGCCUACUCCGAUCGUCGAUCUGUCGCAUUCCGUGCAUACCAUGUGCCGCAACAAGAUCACUUCGCUGCAGCCGUCUUUUCUGCACACGGAACGCUACCUCCUUGCGCUAGCGUCUACGGAUGCAGUGCAAUACUACGAUGUGCGCUUCCCGAAUGUACCGAUGGCUUCCUGGGCGCAUGAUCGCGGCUACGACCGCACUCUGACGCUUUGCCCCACCACGCCCGGCUCAUUUCUACUUGCGUCGCAAAAAAAUCGAUUGCUUGGUGCGUACAGCGCGUGCAUUAUUCCUGAAGCCCAAACCUGGGCGUACUUGGCCGCAGAGCGCCCUUGUUGGGUCCAAUCUGCCAUUCCCGAGGCACACAGCACGCCGUUGAGUGCGCCGUUUGCAGCGAAUCUCCAACCCCAUGUACCUGCAACCGUACUUUUAGAGCAAUCGGAGCGUGGCGCAUUGUGGAUGCGGUACCUGGACGUGGAAAGUGCGUUGCCAGCGGUACACUGGUCGCCAGCCACCGAGCAUCUCGCAAGUGAGGCGCACAAAACGCAAGAUCCGGGCCCAUUUGGCGACGCGGAAGUAACACGCACCGAUUGGCGUACGCUGUACAAAGCGGCCAUACUUGGAUGGCUCGGUAUAUCGGACCCAUUUUCCCACGAGCGGGCCGCGGAAAUUAUGCUACAAGCACUGCAACAUGCGCCCGCCACGAGCAUGCCCCACACUUUACUCGACUCGAUACAGAGUGGCACAGACGCAUACAGCAAAGCUGCAGUGCAUCUUUCCAUUCCAUAUACUCUUCCUGCGCGCUCUGUGCUGCAAGCGCCGCUCGAUGCGCAAUGGCGUGCGCUGCUAGAGCAAUGCAAGCAAAACGCUCCGCACAUGCUUCUGCACAUUAGCAUGCCUUGGCUCGCGGGUGCUAUCCCGACGUCGCCCAAUGCUUGCUAUGAUUGGUUCGCUGCUCAGCAGCACACUGCGAGCGCAGGGCAGGGCAUGGAGAGUGUACGCGAUGCAGAGCGUCAGCAAGCGCUUGAUGUGUUUAUGGCCUCGAUGCUCUUUGGCACGCCUUCUACCAGCUCCGGCACCGCGCGCAAUACCAACUGGCGCAGCGACUCACAUGUGCCAUGCUAUCCAGCCGCGCCGUCCAUGCGUAUCCUACAGCGGGACGGCGUAGACACGCAAUUGUCCGACGCUGCUCGCUUGCUUUUGGCCGAGUGGCCUUUGGACGCAUCGCCAGAUGCGUACAUGUACGAAACACCCUACCAUGCGGCGCCGCAUGAAGAGCACAAAGGCAUGCAUGUAGCGAGCAGCCAAGCACCGUCGACAGCUCGUGGUAGCGUGCUGCCGCGCGUCGUAUCCAAGGCAAACCGAGAGCCCGAUCCUGCACGUUCUCCUAUUCGCACAGCGCCUGCGUCGCAGGAUGCAUCACAGGAGCGCAUCAUCGAAGUGCAGACGCAAAAAGAGCCCGGGCGAUUCGCACAGCGCCCAGCGACGCGCGCCGAGCCCAAGCGGCGCAAGCGUAUGGGUGGAUUUUAG